AUGCUAAGCCGGGCCACUCGCAUUGCCUUUCUGCGCCUGUGCAGCACCGUUAACGCAUGCGCUUUAGCACCAAGCCACUCCGGUAACCCGGUAAACUACCAGCGCGCACGGAGCCGAGUCCGCGCUUCCUGCCGCGAGGUCCGCUGGGGAGCAGGGGUGUCGGGGAGGGCGCCAGCCCCCGGGGCAGUAUCUGCACGUGUACGCGCCGCAAUGCUCCGCGGGGCCCGCGCCGUCGGGAAGAGGGAGGGGGUCAGGUCCAUGCUGCUACUGCAGGCUCGGGCACCCAAGGCCUGGCAGGGACUCUCCCAGCUCAAGCCACUGAUCUCACUGCCUCCUGGAACCCUGGGAGGCAAAGCCAUGCCUCCGAGGCCCCGGCUCUUAUCAGGGCAAGGCCCACCCCAGGGCCCUGGACUUCGGACCAGGCUGCUCAUCACAGCCCUGUUUGGAGCAGGGCUUGGCGGGGCCUGGCUGGCUGCUAGGUUUGAGAAGGAGCAGCGGCGGCAGCAACAGCGCACAGAGGCUCUGCGCCAGGUGGCCGUGGGCCAGGGCGACUUCAGCCUGCUGGACCACCGGGGCCAGGCCCGCUGCAAAGCUGAUUUCCGGGGCCAGUGGGUGCUGAUGUACUUCGGCUUCACACACUGCCCAGACAUCUGCCCGGACGAGCUGGAGAAGCUGGUGGAGGUGGUGCGGCGGCUGGAGGCCCAGCCCAGCCUGCCUCUUGUCCAGCCUGUCUUUGUCACUGUGGACCCUGAGCGCGAUGACGUAGCAGCCAUGGCUCGCUACGUGCAGGACUUCCAUCCGCGGCUGCUAGGUCUGACGGGAUCCACUGAGCAGGUGGCCCAGGCUAGUCGGAGCUACCGUGUGUACUACAGCGCUGGCCCCAAGGAUGAGGACCAGGACUACAUCGUGGACCACUCCAUCGCCAUUUACCUGCUCAACCCUGACGGCCUCUUCACCGACUACUACAGCCGGAGCAAGUCGGCCGGGCAGAUCGCAGACAGUGUGCAACGACACAUGGCUGCCUUCCGCAGUGUCCUGGGUUGA